GAGAGAUUCGAGAUUAUUAAAUUUUUUAAUUUUUUAUAUUUUUUAUCAACUCUCAAUGGAUAUUAAUCGUCAAGUAUUUACAAAAUCGCAAACAUAUUACGAAAUACUUGAAAUUUCUGAUGAAAAUGUGUCAAUUGAACAAAUUAAACAACAAUAUCAAAAAUUAUUACUUCUCCAUCAUCCAGAUAAAACAGGGUUUGUAAUGAAUAAUGAUGAUGAGAAUAUCAAAAAUAAUUAUAAUAAAGAACAUAAAGUUGAAUCCAUUAUUAAAGCAUGGAAAGUGCUUAGAGACCCUGAAUUGAAGAAGGUAUACGAUGAUGAAUUGAAAGGUAACUCGCUUAAUUUAUUUUAUAGAGAGAAUUUAAAAUAAGUUAAACUAAUUAAAUGUGUCAUAAGCGAUGCGAUUAAAACAUGAAAUUUAUAACGCAGACGUUGAUUUAGAUGAUAUGGAAUACAACGAAGGUACGAAGUUUCGAGUCUUAAAGAAAAUUUCUAUUAAUUAUCUUGAUAUAAUAAUUUCUUUUUUUUUUACAAAUAGAAAUGAAAUUAUAUUCUAUAUCAUGUCGUUGUAGUGGAAAUUAUAUUAUAACAGAACAAGAUUUAGAAAAAGG